ACCAGAUCUGCGGCUUUCUGCUUAAAGCAGGAAAUCAUCGUCCCUGCUUUCACCCCUACAUAUAAAUCUAACGACUCUGCCCAACACAAAUUUAAACCGUAUUUUCUUCGUAGACGUGUUUAGAAAAAAAUGAAAACACUUUUUUUUUCAGAAUGCUCGGACUGGAAUCUUAUAAACUUUUUGAAAUUUCGUCAGAUGGAAGAUAAUUGGUCAGCAGAUAAGCAGAAAGAACAUGGCACAUAUACUAAAACUUUAGGCAAGAUUGCAGGCAGUGAAUCAAGCGAAUACCGAUCUAUGGCAGUUUCUGCUUUAAAAAUUUUUCCAGAAAUACUAAAUACCCGAGCGGUUAAUGAUUUCUGGCAAGAUGUAGAGAAAUUAAAUAGGCGAAAUAAGAUCAACAAUUCAAAGGAAAAAUAUCUUGAUCAUCUCGAAGAAUCUACCUAUGAAGUAUUAGAUGAUACUAGAUCAUAUGUUGUUGCAGAUGUUAAAGCAGAAACUGGAAAGCGCAAGUCUGCCAGAAGUGAGAUCCCAACUCGUUACGAUCGAAAUAAAUCAAGUGAAGGUCAGAAUAUUGUCAUUGAAUCUGGUCAUGAUGAACAAAAACAAACAAAGCGAGUUCGCUUUCAUGAAGAGAAGCCUCCAUCCAAAAAGAAAUCUAAAUCAGGCAAAAGAAGUGAUACGUUACUUGACGGUACGAAGAUUACGAAGCCAUCACCUAUAAAUUAUGCUGAAGGUGAUGAAACCGAUGAUGGGAUUCCUUCGAAUGAAGCUAAUGACUAUAGCGACGAUGAUGAAGAGGCUUUACCUCCAGAAGACUCUCUUUCUUUUGCCCUUUCAAACUCAAAAGUUUGGACUUUGCCUUCGGGAAAUAACGUCGUAAAAAAUAAGAAAAGACUUACGGCAUUCGAAAAGGCUAUAUUGCGAUACGGCGCCUCGAGGAUAAUUGAUUUAUCCGCUCACAUGAAAAAGUGGUUUUGCGAAAACGACAAAAAGUUCAUUAAGAAAGACUACGAAUCUAUGUUGCGAGUUCCCGAAAUGACAGUUGAGGAGAUUUCAUUUGUUCUAAAAGUCGAGGAUAUGGUAUAUAAAGGACACGUAAGCCAGGCAUAUAAGUACUGUACGGAAAUCCAUUCAAGUUCAAUCGAAGAUAGUUACUUAUAUAAAAUAAGUAAAAUAUAUGGAGAUUUGUGAGUUAUUUGAUUGCUAUCUAAGAUAUUUAUUUUUUCGUGAUUCUUAUCCUCACUAUUCAACAUACACAGCAUUUACAAGAGCAAAGACCAAGA